UAAUCGAUUGCUUUGUUUUCAUGUUUCAAACAAAACAAUGCUGGGACUCAGUUUAACUAAUGACAGCAUUGCAGGAACACAAGACUGGAUGUGGUCAGUCAUUCGUGCACAAAUGACGCAAAAAUCAUUGCCGAGUCUGUUUUCUUCGUUUCCAAACGACGACACGAUCCAGAAUCACGAUGGUUUCCGACAAAGGCGCGACAUUCAUCAUCGAAGACUAGCGUGGAUGAUUCACGACCACUCAAGCGAUGAUUUUCAGGCGUCAUAUACCAUCAACGGAAUUACAUAUCCAUUUCCUUCAUCUGUUGGGAUUCAUCCUCAGCCGCCGUCAUGUUGGAGCGACAUUGGUAUCGCUGGCUUCCAGACGGUCUUGGACAGUCAAGCUAACUUGAUCAGGAGGCUAAUUUGGUUGUUGGUAUUGACGACCUGUUUCACCUUAAUGCUGCUACAGACUCGCGACCGUUUAAAUUACUACCUGACUCGACCGGUUUCGACUACAGUGCGAUUCAUAAGAAAUGAUUCGCUAAUGUUUCCAUCCAUCACACUCUGCCCUUAUCGCGACACUUUGACUAGAGACACGUCUCAUUUAGACCUGGUUAAGCUCCAAUCGCUCUACGAAGUUCAUUUUCCAGAAGGAGAACAAUUUGGAGAUCCCGUCGAUGCCAUGUACAAACUGGCUGACGUGUACGACGUAGUCACUUUGUGGAAGCUAGCCGGCUGGGAAUUGGAAGACGACGUCACUAGCUGUUUGCAGGCGAGGGUCAAUUGCACGGAAAACGGGAAAAUAAUGCGAAUUUUCACGAUUUUGGGUUACUGCCUCCAUUUCCCCGGAUUGCCGGUGACAGUCAGUGGCCAAUUUUAUGGUUUCAACAUCAAAUUGUGUAACAAGGGCAACACGACGGAUGUGCAAAGAUUUUACAUAAUGAUCAGCGAUCGGUACAGCACUCACGACAUCCGCGCAUUGACUCACGGCUUCUUUCUGGAACAGGGCUGGAACAAGGAUGUCGCCGUUUCCCUCAAACACUUUCAAGCCGAGAGUAAAUACCAUGCACCUUGUUCUUUUGACGAGUCCAAAACAGUUUCACGUUGCAUCAGCCGUUGUUUUCACGAAAAAAUGAUCAAGAAAUCGGGAUGUCGAAUGCCGUACAUGAAUUUACCGAAUUUCACAUCCGUACCGUACUGUAACACUUCACAGCAGUUGCUUUUUGCCGAAGACUUGCAGAAAGAUUUAUUGUGGGAAGGUAAUGGAUGGCAUCCGGCUGCCUGUCAAUGCGGAUAUUCCAGCACCUGUUCACAGUACCUUUACGAAACGAAUGCUGAUACCUUCGCCCGCCAUGACGAUUGCGCCCAGUACAAAGUAUAUUUUACCGACAUGACGUAUGAGGAAACAAAAGAAGAAUUUGCGUAUGACAUCAUCUCGCUGCUUUGCGAUAUCGGCGGGACUAUUGGUCUCCUCUUAGGGGCCUCAGUGCUGACUAUGGUUCAGUUUGUCGACGCCUUAUCACGCCAGAUAGUCAAAUGGCUGACGAAAGCACCCGGACUGGUGAAACGACAAAAAUCCAGCAUGUUUAACAUUGUACAAACAGCAUUAGAGAGACCACUCGAACACUAA